GCGUCAUCGCCGUACGUCACUCUAUUUAUUUUACGUCACCGUUAGCAACGCCUUGAGAAACAUCUUGUCAGGAAGGAGGCAAAAAGAGAUAACUUUUUAUCCCAUCAAAAGAACACAGGGAGACUGCUUCUGGGGCCCUCUUUAGAUUCCUCCAUAUUCCUUUCUGCAGGGCUUUGAGGUUUGCUUCGCGCUGAACCACCAACAUGCGUGAAUGCAUCUCUAUCCAUUUGGGCCAAGCUGGCGUGCAGAUUGGAAACUCAUGCUGGGAACUGUACUGUUUAGAACAUAUGAUACAGCCUGAUGGCUUGCUCAUCCCAGAGGAGGCGGAAGGAGGCCCCAUGGAUGAUUCAUUCAACACAUUCUUUAACGAAAUUGGAGAUGGCAAGUAUACACCUCGUUCAGUAUUUGUUGAUCUCGAACCUAAUGUCAUUGAUCAAGUGAGGUCGGGUGACUAUCGUAAACUGUUCCAUCCUGAACAACUGAUUAGCGGCAAAGAAGACGCAGCAAACAACUAUGCACGAGGACACUACACUGUCGGUAAGGAAAUCUUAGAUUCUGUUAUCGACCAAAUCCGGAGGCUCACUGACAACUGCGAGGGUCUGCAAGGCUUUUUCGUUUUCCAUAGCUUCGGUGGUGGAACUGGUUCCGGUUUCACGUCCCUGCUAAUGGAGAGACUGUCUGCUGACUACGGUAAGAAGUCGAAGUUAGAGUUCGCCGUUUACCCAGCCCCACAAAUUUCCAAUGCCGUUGUGGAGCCCUAUAACUCCAUCCUCACUACUCACACCACCCUGGAGCACUCAGACUGCGCUUUUAUGGUGGACAAUGAGGCUAUCUACGACAUCUGCCGUCGUAACCUAGGGAUUGAACGCCCCAGCUACACAAACCUCAACCGUCUGGUGAGCCAGGUCGUGUCAUCCGUCACAACGUCUCUGCGUUUCGAAGGCGCCAUGAACGUGGAUCUGAACGAAUUCCAGACAAACUUGGUGCCUUACCCUCGCAUCCACUUCCCCCUGGCGACCUAUGCCCCAGUCAUCUCGGCCGACAAAGCCUGCCAUGAGCGCACCACUGUCUGCGACAUGGCCAACUCGUGCUUCCAGCCCGCCAACCAGAUGGUCAAAUGUGACCCACGCUGCGGGAGGUACAUGGCGUGCUGCAUGCUGUUCCGUGGUGACGUAGUGCCCAAAGACGUGAACUCCGCCAUCGCUUCCAUCAAGGCCAAGAGGAACAUCCAGUUCGUGGACUGGUGCCCGACCGGCUUCAAGGUUGGCAUCAACUACCAGCCUCCCACCACUGUACCCGGCGGGGACCUGGCCAAAGUGAACCGUGCAGUGUGUAUGUUGAGCAACACCACCGCCAUAGGCGAGGCUUGGUCCAGGCUGGACCAUAAGUUUGACCUCAUGUACGCCAAGAGAGCCUUCGUACACUGGUAUGUUGGCGAGGGCAUGGAAGAAGGAGAGUUCUCCGAGGCGCGAGAGGAUUUGGCCGCUCUGGAGAAAGACUACGAGGAGGUUGGACUCAACUCGGCAGAAAGCGGCGACGAGGAAGACCUGGAAGAAUAUUAACUCAGACCAGAAAGUGUGUCAAGGUCAGGCUCUGAUCGCAGACAACAAUGAAGCUCCCGGGCAGCAAAAUGACGGAAAUCCGAACAGAGACAGUUUCGAAUCGUUCACUCAUAUGAGGGUUUGUUUGGGGGGGGGGGGGGGUUAAUUGAAAAAAUGCUCCCACCAUACAGGUAAAGAGAUGGAAUCAACAUUAUGUACAUUUGGAAAUGUCCGGGCAUAGUGCAGAGGAAAAACGAUCCAUUUCCUAUCUUGCAACAACACCACACGAUUGUGUUCCCCUUGUGUUCAAGAAUUGUCUGGUCUGCAUUACAGCCAAGGAUGACAACCACAUGGAACGAGCACAGAAUCGAAACUCCAGACUUUACUCACGUCAUUACAAUGAAAAGAAACAUCUUAACCCUCAAACAUCCAAAUUAAAACCUUGUUCAUUUUUCCCUCCAAAAUCAAUUAAUGUUAUGGGAGAUCCUGAACAGUGAACUGAAACAUAUCCUGAGCAGUGAAGUGAAACUUUACACUAAGAAUAAUGAUCUUGUCACUUUCUAUCGAAAUACUGUUUCCGUUUCUGUUGAACCCUCUACACUACGAUCCUUUGAUACUUGUUUCUAAACAAUAUUGGAGAGGUUUAUUAUUUGCCAUCAUUUCCACAUUGGCAUCAGGAACAUCAUUCAAUGCCAACAUUUUCGAGAGCAGUCGGUGAAUAAUGAUAACAAUAAUAUACAUCAUGUAACGACCAUCAUAAAUAUAACCUGUGCACGUAACAUCCAGCAACAAAAUAUGUACGUUGAUGCCUCACUAACAUGAAGCCUCCUUUGAAUAAACAUCAUCAGGUUUAUAUAUUCUA